GUCAUUAGUCAGCUGACCGGAAGUGAUUUAGCGCUAGCUGCCUGUGUAGAGCUGUAGCUGUAGAGAGUAAACAGAACUUAAAGUACCGAAUUUUCUCUUCCUAAACUCCAGAACCGGACCUGCGGUACCACUUAUAUACCGGAGAACCACCACAGCCACCCGCUGAUACCCGAUAAACAUGUCUAACACUGAGACCAACCUGCGGAAACUACUGUCUAAGGCAUAUAAAUACAGAGACCUGACUGUGCGAGAAAUCACCAAUGUCACCACGUCCUACAAAGACCUGAAGCCUGUGAUGGAUAACUACGUGUUUAAUGACGGCUCCACCAGAGAGCUGAUGAGUCUGUCGGGGACGGUGCCGGUGAGCUAUCGAGGGAACGUGUAUAAUAUACCCAUAUGCCUGUGGCUGCUCGACACCUAUCCCUACAACCCCCCCAUCUGCUUCGUCAAGCCCACCAGCACCAUGAUGAUCAAAACCGGGAAGCACGUCGACGCUAACGGAAAGAUCUACCUGCCCUACCUGCACGAGUGGAAGCACCCCCAGUCGGAUUUGUUUGGGCUCAUCCAGGUGAUGAUUGUGGUGUUUGGAGAAGAGCCCCCAGUCUUUUCACGGCCGACCACACAAACCCCUUACCAAGCUUUUCCAGCGUCUGGACCUCCGACCUCUUCUUAUAUGGGAAACCCACCAGCCAGUCCAUUUGGACAGAGCCACUCUCCUAACCCAGGGGGAUAUCAGGGUUAUCCGUACCCCGCUGCCAGUUCUGGAUAUCCAGCCACACCAGGAUCAGCACACUACACACCUGUAACUCCUGCCACUACUGCAGGUCCGGCUCGGGACGGGACGAUCGGGGAGGAUACGAUCCGGGCGUCUCUGGUGUCGGCGGUGAGUGAUAAACUCCGCUGGAGGAUGAAGGAGGAGAUGGAUCGAGCUCAGGCUGAACUGGACGCUCUGAAGAGAACAGAGGAGGAUCUGAAAAAGGGACACCAGAAGCUGGAGGAGAUGGUGACCAAGCUGGAUCAGGAGAUAACAGACGUGGAUAAGAACAUCGAUCUGCUGAAGCUGAAGGACGAGGAGCUGACGGCUGCUCUGGGUAAAAUGGAGAACCAGUCGGAGAAUAACGAUAUUGACGACCUGAUUGUUCCCACAGCGCCGCUCUACAGGCAGAUCCUGAACCUGUACGCAGAGGAGAACGCUAUAGAAGAUACCAUCUUCUACCUGGGGGAGGCUCUGCGCCGGGGGGUCAUAGACCUGGACGUAUUCCUGAAGCAUGUGAGGCUCCUGUCAUGCAAACAGUUCCAGUUGAGAGCUCUGAUGCAGAAAGCCAGGAAGACCGCAGGCCUCAGCGACCUCUACUGACCAAUCAGAGUGCCAGCACCCAUCCUCAUCAUCAUCAUCAUCAUCUUCACUCCAUUCAUACCUGCCACAGGGUACCACAGAUUACACCUACAAAUAAACCUUAAACCUUAAAGGGCCAAGACUAAUCACGAGUCACCAACUAUCUGUUUACAGCUGAUUAAAGGGUUUCAGGUGAUCUGUACUGUACUUCAUAAAUCAAUUAACCAAUCAAGGAAUCAAUCACUUAAUUAAUCACACACAUUCUGUACAAUCUUAGCGACUAAAUGAAAGUUUUUUAAAAGUUUUCUAUUCUUCACUUUCUCGACAUUCAGUCAUUUACACUCGCAAUUACAAUAAAACUGAGUUCUUUCCUCCUCCAGCCGAGAGCUGAGGACCCGUCAGCGAUCAUUAACACCUAAAUCUCUCAAAAUUACGCCUCUCUUUGCAUUAAUAUGAAUAUAAAUAUUAAGUGACCUUUUUUAAAGGUGAUUUGGACAAUCUGUCGGUAGGGAACAGCACUUUUCCUGAUGAAGGGAUGAAUGAAUUUAAAUGACGGCAACUGCUUCAGAUUCCAAUAGAAGGAUUUAAACCUGAUCUUUAAAACUUGGGGACUUUUUUUUUGUACUUUAUCUAGUUUAUAUCUAAAAGACCUUAUAACUUUUUUUUCAGAGAUAGGGCUGCACAAUAUACAGCUCUGUAAAAAAAAUGAAGAGAUCACUUCAGUUUCUGAAUCAGUUUCUCUGAUUUUGCUAUUUAUAGGUUUAUGUUUGAGUAAAAUGAACAUUGUUGUUUUAUUCUAUAAACUACAGACAACAUUUCUCCCAAAUUACAAAUAAAAAUAUUCUCAUUUAGAGCAUUUAUUUACAGAAAAUGAGAAAUGGCUGAAAUAACAAAAAAGAUGCAGAGCUUUCAGACCAAACAAGUUCAUUUUCAGAAAUUCCCAGAAUUAAGGGCUAUAGUUGGAGGCUUUCAGACGAUUCUGAGAUACUAUCUCAAUAUAUUGGACCACCCCAUUUUGCACCUCACACACCAAGUCUUAAAAUAAUGAGUUUUCCAUCCGAGUAUUUUGAAAUAUCAUCUCAUUAUUACUCAGAAAACAACUUUUUAAGAUAGUAAUUCAUUUUAAAAUGCUAAAGUAAUUUGAGAUACUGUCUCAUUAUUACUCAAACAUUAACUUAUUUAAGUUAAUUUGGGAUGAGGUCUCACUAACUUGGGGUACUAUUGCAUUAUUUUCAUAUACUGUCUCAUUAUUUUCAUAUACUGUCUCAUUAUUUUGAGAUAUUAUCUCAUUAUUUUGAGAUAUUAUCUCACUAUUUUGAGAAAAGCACAUAAACUGCAGACAACAUUUCUCCAAAAUUCCAAAUAAAUCUUAUUAUAUAUUCUCAUUUAGAGCAUUUAUUUGCAGAAAAUGAUCUGUAUCUGUAUAAUGAAAUGCAUCUUGGCAUCAUGUUCUCCUCCUCCACCAGUCUUACACACUGCUUUUGGAUAACUUUAUGCUGCUUUACUCCUGGUGUAAUAAUUCAAGCAGUUCAGUUUGGUGGUUUGAUGGUUUGUGAUCAUCCAUCUUCCUCUUGAUUAUAUUCCAGAGGUUUUUAAUUUGGUAAAAUCAAAGAAACUCAUCAUUUUUAGGUGCUUAUUAUUUUUGCAGAGCUGUAUAAUCAUUAAAACAUUGAUGUUGCAAUGUGUCACAGACAUGAAGACUUAUUCAUAUCAGUAUCAUAUCUGCCUGCUUAGAAAAACUAAAUAAUAUACAAGUCAAUAAACGUGGUUGGCAAUAUUCUUACGCAUUAAAAGCAUUUAAUAAUGUCGUAACUAGAGACAUUUACUAGUGUCGAAGUAUUUAACAAUCUAUAUUGUGAAGAGUUACCUAAAUUUAUUAUUAUGAUACGAUAAAAUAUCGUCAUAUUGCCCAGCUCUACAGUAAGUACAAAUAUCGUGACAGGUCUACUUUUUUAAAUUUUUUCCUCAAUAUUGUGCAGCUCUAAUUUAAGGACACUAUUACUGCAUGGACGCAUGUUUAAAGCUGUCUAUCAACCAAAGCACUUUUCUACAGACCUUUAUUACACUUUAUUACAUAUAAAUCUCUGUAUACUGGAUACAAAUGCAUACAGGAGUAAAAAAAUUUCAAAAAACACUCAAAAUAUUGGAAUUUGUUUUAUUUGAAUGAUUACAUGUUGGGUUUUUGAAGAGCUCGGCCUGUGAAAUGCGAAAAACUGCACUUUUGAGACACAUUUUCUUUAAUAAUAGUGUGUAAAGAAAGCGGAACAAAUAAAUGUACUACAUUUAUUCCAGUAUUUACUGCUUUACACAGCUAUAACAGUGAUGUCAUGGGUUGCAUGUUAUAAUAAUGAUAUAAUUCCAUGUGCCUUUUUUUUAAUUAUUAUUAAUUCCAGUUUAAUGCAGUUUUAGCGCUCGCACUAGUGAAUGUAAUUGUGGUAACCAUGGGAACAAUAACGCUAUUGUGGUUAUGGUGUAUUUGCUUUGUUUAUUACUUUAUUACUUUAUAUUCUUUUGUUAAUUAACAUGUUUGUUUAUUUUUUGUUUUGUUUUGUUUCUCUUUUAGACCAAUACUUGAAUAUAAACACGAAGAGCAUUAAUACUCUACUCUUAUAAAGGGAAUAACCAAUUUAUUAUUAUUAUUUUUAUUUUGUUAUGAUGUGUAGGAGCAGAAAUGAAUGAAAUAAUAAAUAAAUAUAGGGCUUGUAUAUGA